UGCACUUCCUGGUUACGUCGCAAAUAAUACGUGACAAGUUGUUUAUGGAAAACUCACUAAUUUGUUGAUUCCUUUGCUCUAGGAAUGAUACGUUUUGUAUUGCGACAAAACUUGUUCGUCCCGAUUCGUUUAGCGCUCACCCUCUUCGACUUCCCGUAUACAGUGAGCACUUCCGGACUCAGAAUCACUCCAGCCAUCGCUCCCACCACGUCAAGUUGUUCUCACGACUCCAAGAGUGUCUGCACAAUGAGCACUUCAGCACACAUUAAGUCAAGAUGCCCCGAGUACCCAGCAUCCAAAACCAAGCGCUUCCCAGUGAGUGAUUUCCAGGUGGAUUGGAGUCAGAGUUUCCAAGGAUAUAAUCCAGUUAACUACACCCAUCCUUCAGUAGAAAAUAAACCAACAUGGGCAGAUCCUGAAAUUGGGUCAUUCAACCCACAAUUUAAUUCUUUGGAUGGUUCUGCGGACAGAAGAAGCUUUGAUGGCUGCUACAAAGUGGAAGAUGGAAAGCCUCUAAAUCCUCAUGGACGCACAGGGCUAAUGGGUAGAGGGUUGCUGGGGCGAUGGGGACCCAAUCACGCUGCAGAUCCCAUUGUCACAAGAUGGAAAGUAGAUGCUAAAAGAGAAAAGAGUCUUCACCAUAUCUCCAAAAAGCCCAUCCUGCAAUUUGUUUCCAUUAAGAGAAAAGAUUGCGGGGAGUGGGCCAUUCCAGGCGGGAUGGUAGAUCCAGGGGAGAAUGUUUCUCUCACUCUUCAGCGGGAGUUUUCGGAAGAGGCAUUAAAUUCGCUGGGAGUAUCGCCAUUAGAGAGAUCUAAAAUUCAUGAGCGCAUCACCCAACUCUUUAAAUCACCUGGUUUUGAGGUCUUUAAAGGAUAUGUAGAUGAUCCUAGAAACACUGAUAAUGCUUGGAUGGAGACAGUUGCGGUUAACUUCCACGAUGAAAAUGGCAACAGUGUGAGCGAGCUGCCGUUGCAAGCUGGCGAUGACGCAGGCCAAGUACAGUGGGUUGAUGUGGACUCGUCCUUCCCACUCUAUGCGAGCCAUUCUCAUUUAUUGGAACUGGUUGCCAAACAGAGGAAAUCCCACUGGUAGCCACUGACAAAGGGCUGCCAUAACAAUGAAGGAAAAAAUGGUGCAGUGACAUACUAAAGUGUAUGUUUAUAAUAAAAGACACUUGAUCCCAAGUAUAGCUUACCUUAUUAAUAACAAACAACAUUACAUUUGUCUGCCGCUCCUGUGCGUGCACACACUGUGCAGUAACAUCUGAUCCGGGGGAAGCUUAACAUGCGACAGUAGACAAGGCGAACAUGAUUUCUGUUGGAGAAAAUUAUGUUAAUAUAUUCUUUGUGUGCAAGGAUCACAUUAACUCAGUGUGCAUGUGAGAGCCAACACAAUUCGCUUCAUUAAUUUACAACCCAAAUUGCAAUGAAUUAGGGAUGUCAUUUGGGCGGCUGGUUAGAGUGUCUACCUGACAGUUCUGAGGAGCGGGGUUCAAUCCCCGGCCCCGCCUGUGUGGAGUUUGCAUGUUCUCCCCGUGCCUGCGUGGGUUUUCUCCAGGCACUCCGGUUUUCCUCCCACAUCCAAAAAACAUGCAUGGUAGGUUAAUUGACGACUCUAAAUUGCCCGUAGGUGUGAAUGUGAGUGCGAAUGGUUGUGUGUUUGUAUGUGCCCUGCGAUUGUCUGGCAACCAGUUCAGGGUGUAGCCCGCCUCCUGCUCGAUGAUAGCUGGGAUGGGCUCCAGCACGCCUGCGACCCUAGUGAGGAGAAGAAGCUCAUUCUGAGCCCGAGCUCAUCUAAGAUGGACUGAUGAAAAGUGUUCUGUGGUCCGACAAGUCCACAUUUCAAAUUGUUUUUGGACAUUGUGGAUGUCGUGUCUUCCGGCCCAAAGAGGAAAAGAAUCAUCCGGACUGUUAUGGACGCAAAGUUCAAAAGCCAGCAUCUGUGAUGGUAUGGGGCUGUGUUAGUGGCAAUGGCAUGGGUAACUUACACAUCUGUGAAGGCACCAUUAAUGUUGAAAGGUACAUGCAGGUUUUGGAGAAACAUGCUGCCAUCCAAGCAAUGUCUUUUUCAUGGAGGCCCCUGCUUAUUUCAGCAAGACAAUGCAAACCACAUUCUGCACGUGUUACAACAGCGUGGCUAUGUAGUAAAAGAGUGCGGAUACGAGACUGGCCUGCCUGCAGUCCAGACCUGUCUCCCAUUGAAAAUGUGUGGCGCAUUAUGAAGCGUAAAAUAUGACAACGGAGACCCAGGACUGUUGAGCAGCUGAAGCUGUACAUCAAGCAAGAAUGGAAAGAAUUCCACCAACAAAGCUUCAACAAUUGGUGUCCUCUGUUUCCAAACGUUUAUUGAAUGUUGUUAAAAGAAAAGGUGAUGUAACAGUGGUAAACAUGACCCUGUCCCAGCUUUUUUUGGGAAUGUGUUGCAGCCAUAAAAUUCAAAUUCUUUAAUGAUUAUUUGCUAAAAACAAUGUUUAUCAGUUUGAACAUUAAAUAUCUUGUAUUUGUAGUGUAUUCAAUUCAAUAUAGGUUGAACAUGAUUUGCAAAUCAUUGUAUUCUCCAUCCAUCCAUUUUCCGAGCCGCUUCUCCUCACUAGGG